CCAACACUGUAACACUAAUGGUGGUAGUUCUGAAAACGAAAGAUAGGCAGCGCCACCGUCGACUUGGCGGCAUCGGCUGGCGUCCAACAUUCCAUGUUGCACACAAAACCCUCGCAUGCAAGAGGGCCUCAAGCCAGCGCUACCAACUGAAAUGGCGCAAAGAAAAGACAAAAAUCAGUUGAAAUAGCAGCAAAACAAGUGCAGAAGAGCGAAGGUUUAUUUCAAGUUCAAUCGUGUUUUACAACGAAAAUAUUAGUUAUUUUAGUCGAAAGUUUAUCAAAUCUUCCGAGUGAAAGUUUCAAAACAUCAUCAGGCGUAAAAAACAUGGCUCCCGUGGUGGACAACAACCAGUUCGAGCUCCCGACAGCGCUGGAAACCCCCAGCAAAAAGAGGAAACGACACGUCGAGACCAAUCCGUUUCUGUCGUUUUCCGAUCAAACGUUUAGCAUCCCGUCGUCGACUCCGAUCCAUAGCAAACAAAUCGACGGGAAUUCCUUCGAGAAUCCGAGCUUCCGCUUUGGGGCCAACAGUAACAAUGGAAGCAACAAGGAGAAUUACAACAUAUUUUCCGAUUCGUGCAUGGAGGUGAAAUCGAUUGCAGAGAUAGCGGCUGAGAAUCCAUUUGAGGUGAUUCGCAAGCCGCCGAGCAAGAAGAAAAGGAAGUUUAGUGAGAUCGAGGAGAGCUGCUUCGUUAAUCCGGGGCUUAAUCUGGAUGCGGUAGAUAAGCCGGCGGUUAAUCCUUUCGAAAUAAUAAGGGAAAAUGAUGACACGGGGAACCAGGAGAACGAGUCUUGCUUUGUCAAUGGUGCGUUGAAUAUUAAGGGUAAGGAUGGUGGAGAAGCAGUUAAUCCGUUUGAGAUUUCUCGACCGAUUGGCAAAAGUGACGGUGAUGUGGAGAAAAAAAAGGAGGUUGAUGAUUGCAAAGGGAUUGAGAAUCCUGCUUUGGAGAUUCCAACUUAUGCGCUGGCCGUUCCGUUUACACCAUCGAUCAAUCAUCGAAUCAAUUUUCAGGAACUUCCUGCGGAUGCCCUGACUCCUUGUCAGAUGCUAGCCAAAAAUUUAGUUUUCACCCCGGAACCUAAUCCGGACAGCUUGAUAACGCCAAAGAAACCCGUCACGGCUUCACUUCGUAAAUCGCUGUCGGUUAUUAGCGAGGAACCGUUAGACAUUGGAGAAGAGUUGGACUGCUAUCAGUUAGAACUGGAAAACAGUAUCAACGAGGCCAAAGUUCUCAAGCAAAAGAGCGUUCGAGGAUCAACAGGAACUCGUACCAAAACCCGUCGCAGCUUGAUCGAUGUGAAGCACAUCAGCAAUCUAUCACUGAAACUGAAGCAGCUGGAAGAAUCCGAAGGAGACGAGGACGAACCCAAACCAAUGAAAGAAGACGAAGGUAAUCAGGAAGGGGCACCAGCUGUUGAGCAGCCUCAAACUCCUCCAACUCCGCAACCACGGAUGACUUUCACCGUUACCAAAGAGACCACCGUUAAGGAGGAAAUCCGUAUUGAUGUCAGCAAUCCGGACGUUCAAUUCGAGGAAGUCGAUGACUUUGAAGAUGAGGAACAGGACGUAGAUCUGUUCGCCAAUCCAGCUCCUUUCCAGCGGGCUUACCGCAAGAAAGAAGAUCCCAACGUGGAAGACCAUUUCAAACAACCGGCUCUACCCGAACCGAUUACAACUACCAAGUCUCACAAAGUAAAAGAUGUGAUUCGCAGAAGCUUCCGUAAGCUGAUUCACCCCAAGCAGCAUCAGGAGCCACAGGUUCAGAUUACCGAUCUGGACGAAAAACCCAAAUCGGAGGAAUCCCACCAUGGGUUCAUCUCCAGCAUUCGUCAUAGUUUGCGCCGAAAAACACACAAGUCCAAGGAAACGCAGCAGAAAUCCGACGAAAAUUCUGAGGAGGAUGAAGCAAAGGAAUUGGAGAUGUCGGUCAUUGUGGAGGCGCCGAGGUCGGUUUUCCGUCAACCGAGUGCGGAUGAGUAUCGCACAAUUGCAGCUGGGGGCUCGAUGGACAAAGUGGGAUCAACCCUGAGAAGCAGUUUGCGCCGAUCAACCAAAGACAUGAAGCGGCAGAUGAUGAAGAAUGUGUUCAAGAAGGCUGGCGAGGAAAAGUAGUAUUGUGGAGGUUUGCUCAAAUAUUUGUUAGUUGUUAAGUUAAAUUCUCAUUUUGGCCCAAAGAUUCCCCAAAACUUGCCAGACUUAAGUAUACCAAACAAAAUAAUUUUAGAUGUUUUUACGACUUAUUUCAUGUACUUAUUUAUAAAGGUAUUAUUUCAUCAUUUGUAUCAAUGAUCAAACCAAAAA